AUGUUGCUCCAGCUGCCACUGGUGCUCCUCUUACUGGUGGCCCCACAGUGGGGGCUUGGCUGCCAUGGGCCAGAGCUGGACCGGGAAAUUAUCCUGGCCAAGGUGAGGGUCCUGUUCCUGGACGCCUUAGGGCCUCCAGCAGUGACCCGUGAAGGUGGGGAUCCUGGAGUCAGGCGUCUGCCCCGAAGGCAUGCUGUGGGGGGCAUCACGCGCAGGGGCUCUGAGCCUGAGGAGGAGGAGGAUGUCUCCCAGGCCAUCCUUUUCCCGGCUACAGGUGCCGGCUGUGAGGAUCAGCCAGCUGCGGGAGAGCUGGCCCAGGAGGCUGAGGAGGGCCUCUUCACAUACAUGUUCCAGCCAUCCCAGCACACACGCAGCCGCCAGGUGACUUCAGCCCAGCUGUGGUUCCACACAGGACUGGAGAGGCAGGGCACAGCAGCCUCCAAUAGCUCUGGGCCCCUGCUAGGCCUGCUCGCCCUGUCAUCUGGGGGUCCCAUGGCUGUGCCUAUGUCAUUGGGCCAGGCACCCCCUCGCUGGGCUGUGCUGCACCUGGCCUCCUCUGCUCUCCCUCUGCUGACCCAUCCAGUCCUGGUACUGUUGCUACGCUGUCCUCUCUGUUCCUGCUCAGCUCGACCUGACACCACACCCUUCUUGGUGGCCCGAACUCGGGCCAAGCCACCCAGCGGAGGGGAAAGAGCUCGACGUUCGACUCCCCCGCUGCCCUGGCCUUGGUCUCCGGCUGCACUGCGCCUGCUGCAGAGGCCUCCAGAGGAACCCGCUGCCCACGCCCACUGCCACAGAGCAGCCCUCAACAUCUCCUUCCAGGAGCUGGGCUGGGACCGGUGGAUUGUACACCCUCCCAGUUUCAUCUUCCACUACUGUCAUGGUGGCUGUGGGCUGCCCACCCAACCAGACCUGUCGCUGCCGGUCCCUGGAUCUCCCCCUACCCCUGUUCAGCCCCUUUCCCUAGUGCCAGGGGCCCAGCCUUGCUGUGCUGCUCUCCCAGGGACCAUGAAGUCCCUACGUGUCCGCACCACCUCAGAUGGGGGUUACUCUUUCAAGUAUGAGACCGUGCCCAAUCUUCUCACACAGCACUGUGCUUGCGUCUAA